UACCGUGUAAUUUCACAUCUAACAUAAAACCAUGCUUCAUCUUCUUCUUUCAACUGCAACCGCGACAGCAAAAACCUAAUCUAAACCCCCUCUCAUCUUCAGCUUUCCUUGGCAUCGAUUUUGAAGGUAAAAUGGCAUUGAGAGGCGUGUGGCAGCUUCAAAAGCUGAUUGUUAGCUAUUCCGAUUGGGGUGGAAGCAGCAGAGGUAUCAGGGCAUUUAUGGAGUCCCAUCUGCCAGCAUUUAAAGAGAGCAAUCCUCAGCUAGAGGUGGUUACUGAACUCAUUCGUGGUCAGCACCCACACCUGAAGGGCUUUUACAAGAACAAGAACGAGCGGGUGAUAUGUGUGAAGAAUAUGACCCCAGAAGAUGUACUCCACCAUGCAACCAGGCUACGAAAUGCGUUGGGAAGAAAGGUGCUGAAGCUGAAGACGAGGCAUGUCACCAAACACCCAAGUGUUCAAGGUACAUGGACAACUGCCAUGAGAAUUUGAGGUGCAAGAGAAAUGAUAUAAGGAGCUUGUUUUGGCAAAAUAUCCCUAAAUUGAGCAAAGCUCCAUACACUUCUCUACUCGGAUAUGCACUUCUUUACUCUUUUUUGGGAGGUAAAAAAAGAAAGGGGCAAUGGUCUGUAGGAAAAUCCAACUGCCAUUUUGGUAUGAAGUAUAAACAUGCUGAGCGACCUUGCUAGUCAUGGUUAAUGUAAAAUCUGAGUUUUGUUUA